AUGGAUGCAGAGCGUGACAAUGAAAUAAAACACAGCACACCACUUGAUCUGGCAAUUGAUGCCAUUAAGCAUUUCAGACCUUCUCAGCUGUCAGAUGCCCCCCGCUCAGUGAGAGGAAGCACAUCUCCCAUUGAGGACCAAUAUCAAAAAGAAUUUUACCGCUGUCUGAUACCAAUACUUCAUGGCCAUGUUAUGCUGUCCCCAGAAUCCGCAAUUGGGGCAAGCACCAAAGGCGGUGGGACAAUUGACUUCUUUAUAGAACAGAAGAAAUGGGGCCUCGAACUUCUAAGGGGUCGUGAUCGCCUGGUGGAACAUAUGGAACGGUUUGAACCUGAAGGGCAGUACUACAGCAUGAUAAAAUCCAGGGAAAUGGAAGAGUACAUCGUCUUGGAUUUCACGAUUUCACGACCGGUGAAAGCCCGUCCAGAAUAUGCGCACCGCCUCUACCACAUUGUUUUCUCUGAACGGUACCGGCACGUUGAUGUUCUUGAGGCUGGCAAUCUCAGCACUGUGAGCUCCUUUACUUUGCCAGAGAACCCUGACCCUCUAACAUGA